AUGAAACUGAAGUGAAAGAAACUGUCCAAUGACGGUACAUCUAACAAGAAGUUAAACAUUAAAGCGGAGUGACACAAAGGUGGCGGGAGUUGUCGGGAGUCAGUAAGAUGGCUGAAGCGGACCACCAAGCUUCAGCUGAAGCUGAGCCCGGUCCAUACGUGCCUUUUGUUUUGGAGGAAUGGGAAAAGGAGGAGGAAGACUGGAAAGAGGUGGUGAAGCGGAAGCUCAGGAGGCAGUGCACGUGCAGCCCUGGCCGAGUGAAGGCCUUACUGCUAGGCUUCUUUCCCAUCAUCAACUGGCUCCCCCGCUACCGUCCGAAAGAAUGGCUGCUGGGUGAUACUAUGUCCGGGCUGAUUGUGGGCAUCUUGCUUGUGCCCCAGUCCAUUGCCUACUCGCUUCUCGCGGGCCAGGACCCCAUCUACGGCCUCUACACCUCCUUCUUCUCCAGCAUCAUCUACACGCUGCUGGGAACCUCCCGACACAUCUCCGUGGGUAUCUUCGGGGUCCUGUGUCUGCUGGUGGGCCAGGUGGUGGACAGGGAGCUCAGCCUGGCCGGCUACCUCACUGACGCCAACCAGACCGCCCUGGCCGAUGCAGGGAACGCGACCGCAGGGCCGGUCUGUGACCGUAGCUGCUAUGCCAUCGUGGUGGGAGCCACGGUCACCUUCACGGCAGGGGUCUACCAGGUACUGAUGGGGCUCUUCCAGGUGGGCUUUGUUGCUGUGUACCUGUCAGAUUCUCUCCUGAGUGGCUUUGCUACAGGGGCCUCCCUCACCAUUCUCACCUCCCAGGUCAAGUACCUGCUGGGUAUCAAAAUACCCCGGGCCCAGGGGCUGGGUUCCCUAAUCAAGACAUGGGUCAGUCUCUUCAGGAACAUUAGCCAGACCAAUGUGUGUGACCUGCUUACCAGUCUGCUCUGCCUGCUGGUUCUGGUGCCUUCCAAGGAACUCAACAACCGCUUCAAGGCCAAGCUGAAGGCUCCCAUCCCAUUUGAGCUCUUUGUAGUUAUUGUCGCCACGCUGGCCUCCCACUAUGGCCAAUUUCAUGAGCGCUUCGGCUCAGAUGUGUCUGGCACCAUUCCCACUGGAUUCCUGCCCCCCCAGCUCCCUGACUGGUCCCUUAUCCCAAAUGUUGCUUUGGACGCCCUAUCAAUUGCCAUCGUGGGCUUCGCCAUCACCAUCUCCCUGUCUGAGAUGUUUGCCAAGAAGCACGGUUAUAUGGUGGACCCCAACCAGGAGAUGUAUGCCAUUGGCUUCUGCAAUAUCCUGCCGUCUUUCUUCCGCUGUUUUUCCACCAGUGCUGCACUCACCAAGACGCUGGUCAAAGAGUCAACUGGCUGCCACACACAGGUGUCCGGAUUGGUGACUGCGCUGGUUCUACUCCUGGUCAUGCUUGUCAUUGCCCCCCUCUUCUACUCCUUGCAAAAGUGUGUGCUGGCUGUCAUCAUUGUGGUCAACCUUCGGGGGGCGUUGCAGAAGUUUUCAGAUGUGCCUCGCAUGUGGCGGGUGAACCGUGUGGAUGCUGUCAUCUGGCUGGUGACCAUGGCAACCUCUGCUUUGGUGAACACAGAGCUGGGCCUUCUGAUGGGGGUCCUGGUGUCGGCACUCUGUGUCCUGGGUCGUACUCAGCGGGCCCCUGCUCUACAGCUGGGCCAGGCAGGACACCUGGACUUAUAUUUGGACAUAGCCACCUACAGAGGUCUCAGUACUCAGCCUGGGAUCGUUGUCUUCCGCUAUGAAGCGCCCAUCUACUAUGCCAACCAGGGGCUCUUUAAAAAGGCCCUCUACCGCCGUGUGGGCCUGGAUCCAAUCAAGGAGAAGGCCUGCCGCAGGAAACAGGAGAAGCAGAAGAGGAAACCGCAAGCAGAUCUGGUGGCUGAUGAAGCAGCCACCCGAAGCAAGGGCACAGAGGUGUCCACCAAUGUCUUCCUGCCCCAGGGGAGCAGCUUUCACACCCUGGUGAUAGACUGUGGCCCUGUCCUGUUCCUGGACACUGCUGGGGUUGGGGCAAUGAAGGAAGUGUAUAAGGAUUACAAGGCAUUGGGGGUGCGGGUGCUGCUGGCUCGGUGCAAUACCUCAGUGCUGGACUCACUUCAGAGAGGUGGCUAUUUGGAACACAAGGGUGGCGACAGCGAGAUGGUGUUUUUCACCAUCAGUGAUGCCAUCAGUUAUGCCCGGAGUCUACCCUCUCACAAUGGGGACUGUGACACGAUUUGCUGA